GCACAUGUUUUUGUCAUUCAUUCACCCUCCUGGUACCAGAAAGCCUUAAUCCAAGCUUGCUGCCGAGAUCAUUUACAGGGACACUAAGCCAUGGCGUCUGCUGAUCUGAAAGACGAGCUGCUCUGCUCCAUCUGUUUAUGUAUUUUUAAGGAUCCUGUAAUGCUGAGAUGUGGACACAACUUCUGCCGGGUCUGUAUUGAUUGUGUACUGGAUACACAGGACGAGUCUGGGGUUUAUACCUGUCCUGAAUGCAGAGAAGAGUUUCAGGAGCGGCCUGCACUGAUGAAGAACAUAAAUCUUCAUAAUGUAGCAGAACGUUUCCUGUUUACUCAGCCAGAUCCAGUGGAGAUCAGCGGGAUCUUGUGCACUUACUGUGUGGACUCUCCUGUACCUGCUGUUAAAUCCUGUCUACACUGUGAGGCUUCUCUGUGUGAGAAACACCUGAGAGUCCACAGCAAGUCAUCAGAACACGUCUUAUCUGACCCCAGCACUUCCCUGGAGAACAGGAAAUGUUCUGUCCAUAAGAAGAUCCUGGAGUAUUACUGCACUGAGGACUCUGCUUGUAUCUGUGUGUCCUGCAGUUUGGUUGGAGAACAUCAGGGACAUCGGGUGGAGAUGCUGGAUGAGGCCUCUGAGAAGAAGAAAGGGAAACUGAGAAAUAUUUUCCAGAAACUGUCCACAAAGCGAGAGGAGACUGAGGAAAGAGUCCAGAACCUGGAGGAACGCUGGAGAAAAGCUCAAGAAAAAGCAUCUGGAGAAGCAGAGAGAGUCACUGCCCUGUUUACAGACAUCAGGAGACGACUGGACGACCUGGAGAAGAGGGUCCUAAGUGAGAUCUCCAGGCAGGAAAUGGAAAAAUCACUCUCAUUCUCUUCUCUGAUCCAGAAGCUGGAAAUAAAGAAGGACGAGCUGUCCAGGAGGAUGAGACACAUUGAGGAGCUGUGUAACAUGACUGAUCCACUGACUGUCUUACAGGAACCAGAUACAGGUGACUUGUGUGAUCCUGAGGAGGAAGGAGGUGAUGAAGACAUAAAUAGAUGUCUCCAUGAUGUAGGUUAUCUGGAUGUGACUGUGAUCUCAGACAAAUUACAUACAUUAUGUGACAUAAUAACAGAUAUAAGGAGAGGGAUCUAUGUGGAGGGUCCUGGAGACAUAUUACUAGAUGUAAACACAGCUGGUAAUGACAUCCUUAUAUCAGUCGACCUGAAAACUGCAACUCGUACACAAAAUAAUCAGAAUCAUCCAGAAUCAGCAGAGAGAUUCCAGUAUAAUCAGGUGAUGAGCAGCAGGAGAUUUACCUCAGGGCGACAUUACUGGGAUGUGGAGGGCAGUGGAUCAGUGGGUUGGAGGGUGGGAAUGUGUUAUCCCAGUAUACACAGGAGGGGAGAUCAGUCACACAUUGGGGAUAAUAACAAGUCCUGGGGUUUGGUGAGGUAUUAUAAUCAGUAUUCAGUGAGACAUAACGGUAAAGAGAUCUUGUUACCUGACGAGAUCUCCAGUGAUAGAGUCAGGAUAUGUCUGGACUAUGAGGCCGGGCAGCUGUCCUUUUAUGAGCUGUGUGACCCCAUCAGACACUUACACACCUUCACUGCCACCUUCACCGAGCCCCUUCAUGCUGCAUUAUUAAUAUGGAGCGGUUCUGUGAAGAUAUCAGGGGGAAGCAGAAACUGGGAGAAACCUUCAUAACCUAUGAAAUCUGUGCUGAGACUGGUGACAGUAAAGAGAUCCAGUUACCCGACGAGAUCUCCAGUGAUAGAGUCAGGAUAUGUCUGGACUAUGAGGCCGGGCAGCUGUCUUUUUAUGAGCUGUGUGACCCCAUCAGACACUUACAC